CCGGUUACCACUCCACCGAACCCGACUGAAAUUCAAACCGUGCGAACAACAUAUCACUACACCCUGUCGUACACAUAUCUCCACCUCUCUCUGCUCCGCCGUUUCCCUUCUUCCACCGCAUUUCACCACCAUAAUGGCGGCGGCAACAACCACAACCACCUUCUCCACCUUAGCUCCUACCACCUCCUCCGCAACCACCACCAAAUCUCUCAAGGCCGCUCCCAAAACCCUAGGGUUUAACAUCGGACUUUUCUCCUCCAAAACUGCUUCGAAAACCCUCCGAGCUCGCUCUAAUGACGGAUCUGGAUCUGCUCUCGGAGCUCGUAUGGUUUCAGCACCAGCAAUAACCAAAUCUACGCUUCUUAAUUUUGAAACCUCUGUGUUUAAAAGGAGAAAAUUAACUUUGCUGGUCAUAAUGAGGCUCGUCACCUGGUCUAGUUCUGUUCAUUCUUGGAGCGACAAUCGUUAUAGCGGUCGUCACCUGGUCUAACCUGUACCAUUUAUUUGAGAAUAGAACAUGGAGCGACAAUCGUUAUAGCGGUCGUGUCCAGAGACGUCCCAAAGUUCGACAAAAAAUUCUCUAUCCAUGUCGCCUUUAAUGCUACUUGAAGAGCUAGUACUAGAUGAUCCAUAUGUAAAAUGCUGCAGAAGUAUUAUGAUAAAAAAACAUACUUAGACAAAGAAAAAAGCAUAUGAUUCAUGUGUGGUUGUACUGAAAACAAGUUGUGGAGAAAAUAUAUGUGGGCAAACCUUUACAUCCAUCGUACACCCAACUGUUUGAGCAGGACGAGCUAUUGACGAACCUUUCACAAUUAGAUGAACAAGAGAAGUUUUCCCAACACCUACAGAUGUACAGUUGUAAUUCUAAUAUAUCAAAAAAUAAAUA